CUCUUCGUCCCUGCCUGUGCUCAGCCGGCUCAGUGUGCCCAUCAGGCCUCCACACUCCUUCCAUUAACCUCACGGCCUCUCCUGCUUUCCCCUUUUUUCUUCUGUCAGCAAGAGCUUCUGGCUGUCUUGGUGGCUCCUUCUUCCCUUGGGCAACCCGGCGGGUUUGCCCACGGGUGUGGAAGGUGCAGGCAGCUGCCCUCCUGGCCCUACCCUCCCCUGCCCAUAGAGAUAGCAUUUGGACGCGAUGGCUGGAGGCAAUGAGAGGAGCGUGAAGACCCUGAAGGAAGUGUGGAGAAGAGCGGAAAACUCUUUGUGCGCAGACUGUGGGAAACCAGAUCCUGACUGGGCAUCCUCUACAUUGGGUGUCUUUAUAUGCCUCAGCUGCUCAGGAAUUCACCGCAACAUCCCUAGCAUCAGCAAAGUCAAAUCCCUGAAGAUGGACCAGUGGGAUGACACUCAGGUGCAGUUUCUGGCCAAGCACGGGAAUGCUGUGGCUAAAGCCACAUAUGAAGCUCACAUCCCUAUUUACUAUUACCAGCCAACCUACAAUGACUGCCAAGUGCUGAGAGAACAGUGGAUACGGGCCAAAUACGAACGCAAAGAGUUCACCGAGCCGGGAAAACAGCUACCAUAUUCUGAUGGGGUGAAGGAAGGCAUCCUCUGGAAGCGAGGCCGGGACAAUGGGCAGUUCCUACCCCGCAAGUUCCUCUUGUCUGAGAGAGAGGGAUGUCUGAAGUAUUUCACCAAGCAGGAUGCCAAAGAACCCAAAAUCAGUGUUAAAAUAGAUGUCAUCAAUGCUACGUUCCAGCCAGUGAAGAUUGGGAACCCCAAUGGCCUGCAGAUCACCUAUCUCAAAGACAACAAGACCCGGAAUAUAUUUGUUUACCAUGAAAGUGGAAAGGAGGUAGUGGACUGGUUCAAUGCCAUUCGCUCUGUGCAGUUCCAUUAUCUGAAGGUAGCGUUUCCCAUUGCCAGCGAUAAUGAGAUUAAAAAUCGGCUGACAAGAAACUUCCUGAAGGAGGGAUACAUGGAGAAGACUGGUCCCAAGCAGAGAGAGGCUUUUAAGAAGCGAUGGUUCACGCUGGAUCACCGCAGGCUGAUGUACUUCAAGGACCCUUUGGAUGCAUUUGCUAAGGGUGAAGUAUUUGUGGGCAGCAGAGAGAAUGGCUAUAGUGUCCAGAAGGGAUUGCCUUCGGGGACACAGGGCAACUUCUCUUGGCACUAUGGCCUCACCAUUGUCACCCCUGACCGGGAAUACCUCUUCACCUGUGAGACGGAGACUGACCAGCUGGACUGGAUCGCAGCCUUCACUAGGAUCAUCAACCAGGCCAUGACACCACAGGAAUAUGCAAUUGAAGCCUACUUCAAGUUUAAAUCCUAGGAAGCCACGUGGGAACCUCGCUAUGACUCGACUCUACCUGGUCCUGUUGGGUGGGCUGUCAGAAGAGGAGAUCGACAUCAGAGAAACACAGUGCUCUUGAUGCACCCUUUGAAGCACUUUUUUCCCCCAUAGACUGUCCACUUUUUUCUGGUGGCCAAAUUAAGCUGCUUCCUUGCAAGUGCAAGAUUUUGUGAGUCUGAAUCCUCAGUGCAGCCUGUCACUGUUAAAUCGCUGUCAUCUGACUGGAUGCUGGCAAGCCUUGCCUGUCAGUCAGGCCUUGAAAACUUGGCACUUGCUGUGUUGGACAUGGGACCUAGCAUCACUCCUGCAUGAAACUGCAGACAGCCACCUACCUUAUGCAAGAAAACAGCUGCCUGGCUGGAGCUACACCCCGGUGGGUUGCAGGGGCUGCUGGACUUCCUUUACAAGAAAUGACUUCUCUGCUGGUGACAGAGAUAUGAAACAUCUAGAUAUUUAUCAGUUGGAGCUGUAGUUGAAAAAGGUCACUUAAAAGAUGUAAUCUGACAGCCA